AUGGCGGAGGAACAUCGAUGUCAGACGCCGGAAGGCCACCGUCUCUGCGCUAACAACUGCGGCUUCCUCGGCAGCUCCGCCACAAUGAAUCUCUGCUCCAAUUGCUACGGCGAUCUCUGCCUUAAACAACAGCAACAAGCCUCCCUGAAAUCCACCGUCGAAUCCUCUCUCUCCGCCGUAUCUCCUCCGUCGUCGGAGAUCGCUUCCGUCUCUUCUCCGAUGAUCUCACCUCUCGUUCAAAACCCAUCAGCUGAACUCGAGGCAACGACGAAAAACGUCCCGGUGACGGUGACUCCGCCGCCGCAGAAGACGACGGAGGAAAAGGAGCUGAAACGGCCGAAUCGUUGCACGACGUGCAGGAAACGGGUCGGGUUAACCGGGUUCAAGUGCCGGUGCGGGACGACUUUCUGCGGGGCCCACAGGUACCCGGAGGUCCAUGGAUGCACCUUCGAUUUCAAAUCUGCCGGUCGUGAGGAGAUCGCGAAGGCGAACCCGUUGGUCAAAGCGGCGAAGCUUCAGAAGAUUUGAUGGGAGCCGUUGGAUGUGUUGACUUUUCUGUCUUCGUGUAAACGCGUCCGUCCCCGACAAAUCAGGAUGGUUUUAAGUUGGUCUCAGCCGUUCAUCAUGGGUCAUUAUGUAAAAGAAUAUGUAUUAUCAAAGGACACGUGUCACGUGGCGCUUUCAUCAUCUUCCCAAUUAAUUUUCUUUUCCUCCAUAAAGAAAUAAGAUUAUUCGCUUUGGCUUCUUUUGCGUGCAAAGUAAUUCAGACAACAUAUAUUUUAUGUUUUAGAAUUUUUAAAAAAAAAUUUAGUGUUACAUACUUGAAAUUAAUAAUUAUAAAAUUAAAAGCUG